AUGCGAAAGUGUAUGGACUCCGCCGCCCAUCGUGUGCUGUCGGCGGCUGUGCAGGCGAGAACAAGUUCGGCAGGGACGAUGGCUUCGCAGCUGCAGAAGCGACUCGGCCCAUACCCAGGUUCCACGACGAAGAUGGCCUCCAGGCAUCGCGUCGGCGAACACUUGCGAGCGAUCGCGGUGGCUGUGCUGGGAUCUGCUGCACUGACUUUCAUCGUUCCUAGUGGCGCACACGAACACCAGGAUAGGGCAUCGCGAAGAAGUCUCCUUGGUGCGGUCGUGGCUUCACCUUUGGUCCUGGGUGUGGCUCCGGCAGUUCUGGCCGCAGACAAGACCCCAGGACAGCUGGAGGCCUAUGGCUUGAACGGCAAGAGGGCCAAGGAUGUCAACGGUCUUUGGAGCGUGUUCCCAGAUAAAAAGGUGAACGGGAGAGCGGUUUACAAGAAGGACGAUGCCGACAUUUACUUGACUUAUAGUGACUGUCAACAGUUCCAGAUGGUCAAGAAGCCAACGGGAGAGUGCGAGGGCUUUGCGUUGGAGUACAAGGGCGUGUGGGAAGUGGAUGGCCAGGACACCCGAAUGAAGGUGAAGCCGUACCAGUCUAAGGAAGAUAGAAAGAAGGCGCAGCAGAAAGGUGGGGAACAGCCGAGCGGCGGUGGUGGGUUCUUCCAGCUGGGAAAGAUUGAGCCAAUCAUCCCAAAGCAGGAGUCUGAUGACGAAGUUCUGUUGAACGGUCAGGAUGUCAAUGAGUAUGUCAGAAGGAAGGGCAGCACUGGCAUGAUGGGCAUGCAAGACUAUCUGACCAACAUGAUGACCCUGGAGGAAGAGGAGUCCAAGAUCGCCGACAGCCUGGAAGCAAGGUUGGAUGCGAAGCUCAAAGACCGAGACAUCAGCAAGGUCAAGCCGCGAUGA